UUAUCGGAGACAUGAUGAGGCGAGGACUCUCGGGAGGCGAAAAGAAAAGAGCAAACAUCGCCAGCGAGCUCCUAACCAACCCCACCACAAUGUUGCUUGAUGAGCCCACAUCAGGGUUAGACUCCAGCACAGCUUUCUCUCUCAUGACCACAUUAAAGAACUAUGCUGAAAAAGAAAACAAGACAGUCGUAAUCACUGUCCACCAACCUUCCAGUCAGAUUUUUCACAUGUUUGACCGGUUACUUCUGCUUUGUAAUGGACAGGUAUCAACUCCUUAUAAGCCUGUUGACUUUAAUAUGGAGCAAGUUAAAAAGGGUCCAGAGGUUCAAGAAAAAAUAAUUGCAGCAGCUUGUGAAACUGGGAAGAACCUAAGGUUUUCCAAUGAAAGGAUACGCUUAACAAGGAAAGAAGAUGAAACAACUAACACACCAGUGUCUACUUUAGAAUGUCCAAAAUGUAAUAAGCAGAUAUGGGAAAACGUUUCACACUGUGAGCCAUCACAACAUAAUCCCAGGAGCAUCAAGGAAACUUCUCAUCCUACCUACAUGUGGAACAUAGCUCCUCCAUGCAAACACAACCAGGCCAGACCAGUGGAGCUGAGGGUCGUGAUUGAUGAAGACAGAAAGUUGCAAACUGUUUAUCAUAAAUUAGCAUCUCAGGAAGAUUCUGAUUCAGGCAGGUCGUCAUGUUCUGAAGUAACCAGCUGUAAGUUCAGUAGUCAAGAUGAUCUGCAGGAAGAAGAAAAAUGGCCAACAUCUUUUUCAACACAACUAAAAGUUCUCACUCAGAGAAAUUUCAUUGAAGCCCGAAGCCGUAUGUUGUCCAAACUUAAUUGGGUUCAGACUGUAGGCCUUGGAUUGGUUUGUGGCCUUAUCUGGUUCCAAAUCCAGAGGACAGAGUCUACACUCUCAGACAUUCGUGGCUGGAUGUUUUUUAGCAUGACAUAUUGGAUGUUGUUUACACUAUUUGGAGCUUUGAUUUCGUUUCCACCAGAACGGGAAGUUAUAAACAAAGAGCGAGCAUCAGGAGCUUACAGGCUAUCGGCUUACUACCUGGCCAAAAUGAUCGGAGAGUUACCUCUGACGUUAACAUUACCGACUGUCUUUCAUUUUAUAUCGUAUCCUAUGUUGGGCAUCUACAGCACCAAGACCUUCCUGUGCCUCUGGGGUUUCCUUAUUCUCAACACCAUUGUUGCUCAGGUUGGUAACCAUGUACAGAACAGCACCCUUACUAGUGACACAAUUUCUGCACUCUAUUCUCUGUCAACCAUGUUGUUUGGUGGCUAUUACUCUUCUUCCAUUCCAUCGUGGCUUCAGUGGCUCAAAUUUCUUUCAAUUGUGCAUUACGCUUUCCAGAACAUGCAGCUAGUAGAAUUUACUGGAGGUCCACCCAUUUGGUGUUCAACAACUAAUUCUCAGUUUGAAGUGUGUCGUUCUGGUAGUUCACCUUCCAUUCCAGUAGAAGAUAUCAUUGGUCAGCAAAGAUACCUGCUCCCACUCUGGGCCAAUACUGUUAUUCUGGUGCUCUUUUUGGCUGUGUUUCGACUGAUGGGCUAUUUGGUACUUAGGUUCAUUCGUAAACCAAAGUAAUUAUUGUGCAUUUAUGGAACUUAUCAGCAUAUAAAGAUUGAACCUAAAGAAAGUACCAAAACAUGAACUGAGAUCUAGAAAGUUUGAUAACUAUUCAAGAAUUGGUUAAGGCUCUGAAAAAAAAAAAAGACUCCAGAAGAUUAAAUUGUAAAUAAAUUGUCUCGUAUAUUCAAGUGCCAAAACAAGGGCACUUUCUUGUCCUUGAUCCCUACAGGGUACUACAUUCAAGCUUUGGAGCAUAAGGAUCCAGCUGAUACAGAGGUGGGGAUUAUUUCAUGUCAGAAGCAAGUAGUCUGUGAUUUAAUUAUAAUAACUAUGUGGGGGGAGGGGGUAAAGACACACCCAAGUGAUACUUAUAAUGCAUAAUCAAAUUUACGUCAAAAAUACGAUGCUCAAAAGAAUUCCAGGAUAGUUGUAGUUUGCCAUACUCAAAAAUAAAACAGAUGACCAGUCAUGUGAUCUGAUAUGGGCAUUCUAGUGGUAAACAAAAGUGAAGGAAAGAGCAUGUCUUCUCAAAUAGCAGUUUGAACAAUAACAAUGUGUGUAAAGAGAUCCAACUUGAAAGUGAAACAUGCCAGGACUUCACAGAAGUUUGUACGCUUUCAUGAUGUGAAGAGCAAUAGGUUGACUAGAAGUUAGUCAAACAAAACAAGUUGUGACUGCAAGUCUGAUAAAAUAUGGUUAGCAGUAUGUGGUCUUACUAUCAGCCUACCAAAACAACUGGCUGAAGACCUGGACAGGGUUGACCAUUGUUUGAUAUUGAGGACUUAAUGCAACCAGCAGACCAAAGCUUACGAACUGAAUCAACAGGUCAGUAUGGUAACUAAAUAAAAGUUAGCACACAAAUGAUUAGGAGUAAGCUUCAUAAUGUUAGCCCUUAUAUCAGAUGACCCAUUUCUCUAACAGUAGUGUUGAUUGAAUGGCAUGAAGGUUCAUGUUCUUGUCAAAUUAAUGAAGACGAAUAUAUCUUCACAUAGCAGCCAAGAUGUCUGUAUUUUUACCAGACCCAAACAAAUAUGGUAGCGGUGCUAUACGGGUCUCGACAAGAUUAAUUAGUGUUUAUGGCCACACUAGCCUUUAUGUGCUACGAUUGCCAUAUGAUAUUGCGAUUGUCUUACAACUGUUAGUGUUCCAGAACUUUCUUCUGAUGUAUGCUAUCCUCACAUAGUUAGCAACUUCUGGAAGAAAAUCACAUCGAAGAAUGACCUGGCCAGCACACUCACCAGACUUGAUUUAACCUAUAAGGGGCAUUUGUUGACAAAUGUGAAGCACCUCUGGUGGCCACGUUAUCCAAGCAGCUCGUUGAAUCACUCAUUUUAAGCGUGCUAUGUUGUUAUAUGUCUUAGGUAGUUAACAAACAUUUCCUGAUUACUUAUUGGAUUACAAAGUCUAUAAUAUCAAAUAAGUACAUGAACCCCAGUUGUAAAAAUUUGCAUCUCAGGUCACAUGACACAUUUUGCAUAAAUAUUAACUCUGAGGGGGGGGGCAUUAUUUAAAAGAAUUAAUACAAGUAUGUGUAUUAGGAAAAGAAUAAAAUGCAUUGAUAGUUAGGUAAAGUAAACCUGUCGGAUGUUCGUCAACUAUAAAUGUCAUUAUGAACUGUAUAAGCUAUAGUAAUAUUACAGACUUCUGAUACCGAUAUGACCAGACUAUAUUGUUAACUGCAACUAGAACUAAAUAGGUAUAUAUUUUUACAUCUGUAAAACAAUUUGAGAAAAAAAAAAUACACUUAUAUUAAUUUCUUGGUGAUUUUUCUGAGAAUGUAUUAUGAUCUCUUGUGUAUGUAAAGUAUGUUUUCAGAGAAAUGUUUGGAUACCUAGUCAAAAAGGAGUUCUCACGGUCCUAGGCUCAAACUUUCAGCAUUAGUACAUUAUUAUAAGCUGAGACAGGUUGGUUAAUAAUUAAAAACCACUCAGGUUAAGACAGAUUGGUUAACCCUGUCCUGUGCAUCAAGUGUGAUUCAUAGAACAUAAUGAUAAAGCUCUUGAGUAUCAUGUGAUACAUGACCACAUUUAUUUGAUAUGUGGCUGAUGCUCGUAAAUGUGGCAAUAGGAGCUGGUUGUUUUGGUUCAAAGUACAAUCACACGUGAAUGAUGUUGUGAAAAUAUAAACUUGGAUAAAUACAACCAAUUAUGGUAUUAAUUGUUUCACUGAUACCUACUUGGGUAAGUAGUCAAACAAGCUUAUCCAGAAAAACAAUUAAAUCACCUAAAACAAGGAAAGGGUUAAAAUGUUAAGAAUUAAAACAAACUUGGGUUACGUAAAUGACCAGUUGAGGAUUUACAUUGGUAACACUAGAAACUUAACCUGAUCAUAUACUAACAGUCUGUUUAUACCUAUGUAAGUUAUUGACCAGGUACGAGAAAACCUAAGUAAGCCAAACGUGUAUUAUUCCGAGGAUUUAAUCAUGCACAAAUAUUAUUUAAAUUAUUAUGAGACAAAAGGCUGUGUGUGUCUACUAAUAACUGAUUGGCACAUCUCCUCAGAGUCCCCAGAGGAGUGAAAUGGGGGGGGGGGGGGUAGCUUUUCGAUCCGACCCCCUAUGUUCAUUGAAUGGGUAUGUUGACUAGCAACUAAUAUGAAUAUUUUCAAAGAACCUGUGAUUUUUAGUUACAACUGUAGCUUACCUUACCCAUUGGGGGAGGAGAUACAGUUGGUACUUUUUUACAUAAAAUCUGGAGUAGUUUUUAGUCAAAUGUUUUUUGUGUGAUUAAGUUUUAAAAACUGAGCCUUUAAUAUUUGUCAAGAGGAAAAACGUUUAUUAUCUCACAACUUAUAUAUGUCCAAGAGAGAUAUUUAAAAAAAAUCAUAAAUCAACAGUUGCAGUUCAUUUAAUAAACCCAACUGUUAUCAAUAUUAUCUGGAGUAUAUAACCUUCCUCAUCAUCAUCUUCUCGGUCACUUUUAUAACUCAAGAGUUAAAACAUGGCCAGUUCUGUAUUGUUCAUAUAUACAUUUUACAAGUUUUUAUUUCAUUCCAUGGCCAAAGUAGAUCAAAGACAUUAGCCAACUGAAAUGAGACAAUCGUGUGUUGUAACAAACACCCACCAGAGGGGUAAUUAAUAGAUGGUUUAUUAUAAAUAAAAGCUAUUCUUGAGUCAGGAAGAAUGGAACUGGCAACUUUAUGACUGAGUAUGUUGACAACAUGUUUUCAUGUAUGUGUGUAUAUAUAGAUACUGGUUUAUUGUUUAAUUUAUUGUACACAAGUUUCCAUAUUGUAUGUGUGGACAGCAUUCUGAAGUAUUAAACAAAACCUUAUUAAAACAA